AUGGACAACCACAUUCCAGAUCUUAAAUUCAGCUCGCUGGAAGCAAUUUCCACCUGCAUCUCUACCACUCGCAAGUCAUUCCUGGAACAUAGGACCCGCGAUGUCGACUUCCGUCUCGUCCAGCUCCGGAAACUCUACUGGGCCAUUAAAGACCACGAGGAGGAUAUUGUUCGGGCUUGCGCUCUGGACUUAAAGAAACCGCGUUUUGAGACUGAAGUCGCCGAAAGUGGCUGGCUGCUCAACGACAUCAUCUUUACUACCCGUAACCUGCAUAAGUGGGUGAAAGAUGAGAAAGCCCACGAUAUUGACCUCCCUUUCAAAAUCAUGGGGCCCAAAAUUCGGAAGGAUCCCCUAGGCUGCGUAUUGGUGAUCGGCACCUUCAACUUCCCCUUCCAGCUGACCUUGGGCCCUGUUAUUGGCGCUAUCGCUGCCGGUAAUACCGUUGUUGUUAAGCCCUCCGAAAAUGCCCCCAACAGCGCCUUUAUCAUACAAAAGAUCUGCGAGGCAGCCCUUGACCCUCUAUGUUAUUCCGUUGUUCAGGGAGGUGUAUCUGAGACGCAGGCUCUCCUGGCUGAGCGCUGGGAUAAGAUCUUCUUCACAGGCGGUGCUAAUGUUGGCCGUAUUAUUGCUAAGGCGGCAGCCCCUUACUUGACCCCAGUGGUCCUUGAGCUAGGCGGUAUCAACCCGGCGAUUAUCAGUAAGACGGCUGACCCGCGCCUGGUUGCGCGCCGUAUGCUCUGGGGCAAGACGGUGAACGCAGGUCAGCUUUGCACUUCACAAAAUUACCUGCUCAUCGAUAAGUGCCUUGUUCCUCAAGUGAUUGCAGAAUUCAAGAAAGCAUACGCGGAGUUCUACCCCCAGGGUGCUAAGAACUCGCCGGACUACUCACGAAUUAUUAAUAAAACCCAUUUCCAGCGCCUCACGUCUAUGCUUGAUAAAAGCAAGGGCAAGAUCCUGGUUGGCGGCACUGUUGAUGAGGAUGAUCUCUUUAUCGAGCCUACGGUUGUCCAGGUAGACUCUGUCGAGGACUCACUGUGCACACAAGAGAGCUUCGGUCCUUUCAUCCCGAUUGUACCUGUUGAGGACCUAGACGAGGCCAUCAACCUCGCCAAUAGUGUACAAAGCACUCCUCUUGGCCUCUACCCCUUCGGCUCGAAGGCCGAUGUUGCUAAAAGUACUUUCAAUCUUAUGUUCCCUGACCUCUCUAUAUGGCUUUUGUCUAACGAAUACCCUCUAGUUAUUUCCUCCACUCGCUCUGGCGGUGUCUCUUGUAAUGACGCUGCCCUACAUAUUCCCACAUUACCCUUCGGUGGCGUCGGCGAAAGCGGCUACGGUGCGUAUCGUGGUCGCUCCAGCUUCGACGUCUUCGUGCACCGCCGGCCUAUUACAAGCAGCCCCAGCUGGCUAGAGUCUAUCCUUGCUUUCCGCUACCCUCCAUACGCAGGUAAGCUGAACAGGUUGAAGACCAUCAGCGACUUAGUGCCUGACUUUGAUCGGAAGGGUCAAAAGCUGACUUUUGGCUGGCUGCGCUUUAUCCUGACGCUGGGGAGCGGAGGCGCGAAAGCCGGCGCUGGGGGUGCCCUUAUCAUUGCUCGUAAGUAG